CACAGACGCUUCAGUGAGGAGAGGAGCAGCAGCAGCAGGAGGAGGAGGAGGAAGAGGAGGAGGAGGAGGAGGCUGUGUGCUUAGAGGGCUGUGAAGCUAGGCAGCUGUCUCACAUGUUUGUGUAAUUCCGACUAUGCUGCUAUUGGUAGCGCUGGGAACAAUAUUUUCUCAAGCUGUGGUCCCCACUGAGGAGGCUGCGGACACCAACCACGAACCAACAGCACCGCUCCUCAACUACAGCAGGAUCCCCCUGCCGCCAGAGCACAUACCUUACUUCCUCUACAACAACAAGAGGAUCGCCAAGCAAUGUCGUCUGGACCCACUCUGCCCUUUUAAAGAUGCACCUCUGGAGUUGUCGGCCUGUUGGGGUUAUGAAAAGAGCUGUGAUCCAGAGAAGCGCUUCGGUUAUCCAGUCUGUACCAAAGCUGACUCUGGAUGGGCUCGUUCACUGGAGGCAGCCCAGGAGCUUUUCUGGAAGCAGGCUGAUUUUGGCUACGUCAAAGAACGUCUCUCCGAGCUCAAAGGACUCUGCAAGGCCAGCAAUCCGGGUGACUCAUCAUUAAGAUGCAGCAGCCACACUAGAUUCUGUAAGGCAACUAACCUUUAUCUGGACUUACGGAGUCCACGCAGAAGUCAUGAGAGGUACAAGGAGGACUUCAUUCAGAUGGGGGAGAUUGGUGGUCACUGCAGACUGAACAAGAAAGCACUCGCUGCUGAGGGAGAGCACCUGAGUCCCUUGCAGUCCUGGUAUGCUGAGCUUCAGACAUACACAGAGCUGGACUUUCAUCCCAUAGAGGAUGGACACUGUGAAAUCAUCAUCGAAAAACCCACUGUUUUUAUGAAGCUGGAUGCUGGGGUGAACAUGUACCACCACUUCUGUGACUUUGUCAACCUCUACAUCUCCCAGCACAUCAACAACUCCUUCAGCACAGAUAUCAACAUCGUCAUGUGGGACACGAGUUUUUAUGGUUAUGGAGAUUUGUUCAGUGAAACGUGGAAGGCCUUCUCAGACUAUGACAUCAUCCACCUGAAGACCUAUGACUCGAAAAGAGUGUGUUUCAAAGAAGCAGUCUUCUCCCUACUUCCCAGAAUGAGAUAUGGCCUCUUUUACAACACACCUCUCAUCUCAGACUGCCACAGUGAAGGGAUGUUCAGGGCUUUCUCACAGCACGUCCUCCACCGGCUGAACAUCCUGCAAGUGGGGCCAAAGGAGGGGCGUGUUCGUGUCACCCUGCUGGCACGCAGCACGGAAUACAGAAGGAUAUUAAACCAAGUGGAGCUGGUAAAUGCCCUCAAGACCGUGCCUUUACUGCAGGUCAAUGUGGUGGACUACAAAUACAAGGAUGUUCCCUUCCUGGAGCAGCUGAGGAUCACCCACAACUCUGACAUCUUUAUAGGGAUGCACGGGGCAGGUCUCACACACCUCCUCUUCCUACCUGAUUGGGCUGUCAUCUUUGAGCUAUAUAAUUGUCAGGAUGAGAGCUGCUAUCGAGAUUUGGCUCGGCUGCGCGGCAUUCGAUACGUGACUUGGCAGAAAAUGGACAAAGUGGUCCCACAGGACAAGGGUCACCAUCCCACCCUCGGGGACCAUCCGAAGUUUACCAACUACUCUUUUGAUGUGGGGGAAUUCAUGCGGCUUGUACUGGAGGAAGCCGAUCUCAUCAGACAGCAUCCCAAAUGGCCUCACAGAGCCCUUCAUGAUGAACUCUAGACACACAGAGAGGAUACAAACAUCUGCCUGCUGAAGAACUUCCAACAUGAUCCGGCCUUUUGUUGUGAUUAAAAGACAUUGUGACUCUG